AUGACAGCAAAAUCAUCAAUGGCAGCUCAAGUAACGAAAUUAUUUCACCGAAAACGAGCACAAUGGUACUGGAAAUCCAGUCCAAAUGCACCGUCGACAAAUGCAGAAGACAAAUGGACAAGCUACUCCGAUAUUGAAUCAGAAAUUAUUGAAGAAGCAUUUAAUGAAAAUCAGGAACAAACAUCCGUUGAAUUAGAUGAUUAUUGGAUAGAUGUAAAUAAUUCAAUUGCAAUCAACAAAUGCGAUAAAAAUCAACAAAAUCAAAUAAAACGGACACUAAUUGAUGAAAAUGAAGCUCAGCAUUUCAGACAAGAAAGCGGCUUAGAUAUCUCCUCAUAUUCAUACUUUCCGGAUGAAGAAGAAGUAUUACUUCCAGCUGGAACCAAGUUCCAAAUCGACAAGGUUGAAUUCCACAACCAACCAGCUCAAAACUAUAUAUAUAUCAAACUUCUUGCAAAAAAUAACAUCGUACAACAGCAAUAUGAUUGCACUGGCUCAAUCACAGAACUCAACCUCUACCAAAGUCCAAUUGAUAUCAUCGACACCGAAAUACUCUUCAACUUACUCAACGUGAAUAACACACUAACUACGCUUAAUCUUCAUAACAGCCCAAUUUCUGACAAACAAGCCGAAGCACUCGCUGAUGCAUUAAGAGUAAAUGAAACUCUUACAACUCUAGAUCUUCAAAACAACAAAACAUCUGCCAAUGCAGCGCAAGCUCUCGCUAAUGCAUUGAAGACCAAUCAAACUCUUACAACUCUUCAUCUUCAAAACAACCAAAUAUCAGCCAAAGAAGCUCAAGUACUCGCUGAUGCAUUGAAAGUCAACCAAACUCUUACAACUCUUAAUCUUUCUCCCAAUCAAAUAUCUGAUAAAGGAGCUACAGAACUCGCUGAUGCAUUGAGAGUCAAUAAAACUCUUACUAUUCUUGAUCUUUCCCUCAACCAAAUAUCUACCAAAGGAGCUGAAGCACUCGCUAAUGCACUGAAAGUGAAUCCAUCUCUUACCACUCUAAAUCUUUCUUGCAACCAAAUAUCUGACAAAGGCGCCGAAGAACUCGCUUAUGCAUUGACAUUCAAUCAAACUCUUACUACUUUACAUCUCGGUAUGAUCCAAAUAUCUAAUAAAGGAGCUCAAGCAAUCGCUGAUGCAUUAAAAGUCAAUCAAACUGUUACUACUCUUGAUCUUAGAUGGAACCAUAUAUCUCCAAAAGCAGCCGAAGCACUUGGUAAUGCAUUGAAAGUAAACCAAACACUUACUACUCUUAAUCUUCAAAACAACGAAAUAUCUGCCGAAGGAGCUGAAACACUCGCUGAUGCAUUGCGAGUCAAUCAAACUCUAACUACUCUUAAUAUUCAAAACAACAAAAUAUCUACCCACGGCGCUAAAACACUCGCUGAUGCCUUGAAACUCAAUCAAACACUUACAUAUCUUAAUCUUUGCCUCAACCAAAUAUCUGCAAACGGAGCUGAAGCACUCGCUGAUGCAUUGAAAGUCAAUUCAACUCUAACUACUCUUAAUCUUCUAAACAACCAAAUUUCUACGAACGGAGCUCAAGCACUUGCUGACGCAUUGAAAGUCAAUCAAACUCUUACUACCCUUGAUCUUGCACUGAACCAAAUACCUGCGAAAGGAGCUGAAGCACUCGCUGAUGCACUUAAAAUCAAUCAAACACUUAUUAAUCUUAAUCUUCAAAACAACCAAAUAACUGCAAAAGAAGCUGAAGCGUUCGCUGACGCACUGAAAUUAAAUAAAACUCUUACCACUCUUAAUCUUCAAAAAAACCAGUUACAUGACAAAGGAGUUGAAGCACUCGCGCAGGCAUUGAAAGUCAAUCAAACUCUUACCACUCUCGAUCUUCCUAUGACACAAAUAUCUGACGAAGGGGUUCACACCUUAGCUGAUGCAUUGAAACUCAAUCAAACUCUUACUACUCUUAAUCUCUCUUCCAACCGAAUAUCUGACCAAGGCGCUAAAGCACUCGCCGAUGCCUUAGAAGUCAAUAAACCUCUUACUACUCUUGAUCUUAGCAUGACCGAAAUAUCUGACAAAGGAGCUAAAGCACUCGCUCAUGCGUUGCAACUCAAUAAAACUCUUACUACUCUUAAUCUUAGAUGGAACCCCAUAUCUACGAACGCAGCUGAAACACUGGCUCACGCAUUGAAAGUCAAUCAAUCUCUUACUGCUCUCAAUCUUUUCCUCAAUCCAAUAUCUAACACACACGCUGAAGCACUCGCUGAUGCAUUGAAAAUCAAUCAAACUCUUACCACUCUUGAUCUUGGUAUGGGCCAAAUAUCAGGCAAAGCAGCUGAAAAACUCGCUGAUGCAUUGAAAGUAAAUGAAACUCUUACUACCCUCAAUCUUCAAAACAACCAAAUAUCUGCCAAAGAAGCUAGAGCACUCACUGACGCAUUGGAAGUGAAUCAAACGCUUGCCACUCUAAAUCUCCAAAACAAUCAAAUAUCUGACGAAGGAGCUGAAGCACUUGCUCAUGCACUAAAAGUCAAUCAAACUCUUACGGUACUUAAUCUUCAAAACAACCAAAUAUCAGACAUAGGGGUUAAAGCACUCGCUAACGCAUUGAAAGUCAAUCGAACUCUUGUUUGUGUGAUGUUUGCCCCGACCCUCCCACACUUUGACCACAUGCAGGGAGCAACGCUUAAAGGAUUUGCUUCGAAAAUCCCAGAACCUCUAAUUACCCUUGAUAUUUCCUUCAAUAAAAUAUCUGACAAGGAAGCUGAAGCACUCGCUCAUGCAUUGAAAGCGAAUCGAACUCUUACUACUAUUGACCUUCAAAACAACAAAAUACGUGACAAAGGCGUUGAAGCACUCGUUGAUGCAUUGAAAGUGAAUCAAACCCUCACAUCGCUUCAUCUAGACACAAACCUCAUAUCCCAAAAAGGAGCUGAAGCACUCGCUUAUAUGUUAAAAUUCAAUCGAUCUGUUACAGAUCUUCACAUUCAAAACAACGAAAUAGGUGAUAAAGGAUCAGAAGCAUUGGGCAAUGCAUUGAAAUUCAAUAAAACUCUAACUACUCUUCGCAUUCAAAACAACCUAAUAUCGAGCAAAGGAGCUCGCACACUGGCUGAUGCCUUGAAACUGAAUAAAACUCUUACUACUCUUGACCUUAACAACAAUAAAAUAUGUGCGCAAGGGGCGGAAGCACUCGCUCUUGCAUUGAAAUUGAAUAAAACUCUGACUACUCUUACCCUUUGCUUCAACCAAAUAUCUGCCAACGGAGCUGAAGCACUCGCUGAUGCAUUAUUAGUCAAUGAAACUCUUACUACCCUUAGCGUUGGAGGCAACGACAUAUGUGUUAAAGGAGCUAAAUCACUCGCUCAUGCAUUGACGGUCAAUCAAACUCUUACUACUCUUGACCUUGAAGGCAACCAAAUAUGUGGCAAAGGCGCUAAAGCACUCGCUGAUGUGUUGAAACUCAAUCGAACUCUUACUACUCUUGCUCUUAGAUGGAACCAUAUACCUGAUAAAGGGGCUGAAGCACUCGCCGAUGGAUUGAAAAUGAAUCAAACACUUGCCACUCUUAAUCUUGGAGGCAACAAAAUAUGUGGCCAAGGAGCUAACGCACUCGCUCAGGCAUUGAAAGCCAAUCAAACUCUUAGAACUCUUAAUCUUUCUCCCAACCAAAUACGUGAUAAAGGAGCUCAAGCACUCGGCGACGCAUUGAAACUCAAUCGAGCCCUCACUACUCUUAAUCUUUGUCUCAACGAAAUAUCUGCGAAAGGAGCUAGUGCACUUGCUGAGGCAUUGAAAGCCAAUCAAACCCUUAGUACUCUUAAUCUUUCUAACAACCAAAUAUCUGACAAAGGAGCCUGUGCACUUGCUCUUGCAUUAAAGGCCAAUCACACGCUUACUACUGUUGAUCUUGGAACGAACCAAAUAACAGACAAAGCAGCUGAUGCACUUGCUGAUGCAUUAAGAUCGAAUAACACUCUAACUACUCUUCAUCUUGGAAUGAACGCAAUAUCGGACACACGAACUCAAGCACUCGUUGAUGCCUUGACCUUCCAUGAAAAACUUGCUGCCCUUGACCCUAAUAGGAUCGAUACAUAUCACACUGCACCUGCAAGACUCUAUCAUCCGUUCGAAGGUAAUGAAAGUGUAACUACUCUUAAUCUCUCCCUCAAUGAAAUAUCUCAGAAAGGAGCUGAAGCACUCGCUGAUGCCUUGAAAGUCAAUCAAACGGUUACUACUCUUAAUCUUGACUCCAACAAAAUAUCUGACAAAGGAUCUGAAGCACUCGCGGACACAUUGACAAUCAACCGAACUCUUACUACACUCAAUCUUUGUUUCAACCAAAUACGUGACAAAGGAGCUGAAGCACUAGCUGACGCAUUAAAACUGAAUGGAACCCUUACUACACUUAAUCUUUGUCUCAAUGAAAUAUCCGACAAAGGAGCUUCUGCACUCGCUGACGCCUUGAAAAUCAAUCAAACUCUUAUUGCCAUAGAUCUUAGUUCGAACUAUAUAUCUGAUAAAGGAGCUGAAGCACUCGCUAAUGGAUUGAAAGCGAAUGAAACUCUUACCAUUCUUAAUCUAGACAACAACCAAAUAUGUGACGAAGGAGCUGAUGCACUAGGUGAUGCGUUGAAAAUCAAUCAAACUCUUAGCACUCUUACUAUCGAAAGGAACAGAAUAUCGACCAACGGAGCUGAAGCACUCGCUUAUGCAUUGAGUGUCAAUCAAACUCUUACUACUCUUGAUGUUGAAAUGAAGGAAAUAUGCGACAGAGGAGCUGAAGCGCUCCCUAAUGUAUUUCAAAUCCAUGAAACCCCUUCUACUCUUGAUGUACAUAGCUGCGCAACAUCUGCGAAACGAGGUCAAGAACUCGGCGGUGCGUUGGGGGACAAUGAAGCUCUUACUACUCUCAUUCUUUCUUGGAACCAAAUAUGUGAGGAAGAAGCUGAAGGAUUUGAUGAUGCCUUGAAAGUCAAUCAGACUGUUACUACUUUUUCUCUUAAGGCGAAUAAAAUAACUGAGAAAGGAGCUGAAGCAAUAGCUGACGCAUUCAAGUUCAACCGAACUCUUACGACUGUUGGUCUUGCAGGGACCGGAAUGUCUGACAAAGGAGCACAUGCACUCGCUGAUGCACUGAUAGUCAAUCAAACUAUUACUGCUCUUGACCUUCAAAACAAUCAAAUAUCUGACAAAGGAGCACAUGCACUCGCUGAUGCACUGAGAGUCAAUCAAACUAUUACUGCUCUUGACCUUCAAAACAAUCAAAUAUCUGACAAAGGAGCUAAAGAACUCGCUUAUGCAUUGAAACUCAAUAAAACUCUCACUACUCUUGAGCUUAGUUACAACGGUAUAUCUGAUAGAGGAGCUGCCGCACUCGCUGAUGUACUGAGAGUCAAUCGAACUCUUGGUGCACUUGGCCUUGGAAACAACAAAAUAUCUGAUAAAGGAGCUGAAGAACUCGCUUGUGCAUCGAAAGUGAAUCAAACUCCUACUAGUCUUGAUCUUAGAUGGAACCAUCUAUCUCCUAAAGGGGGCGAAGCGCUCGCUAAUGUACUGAAAUUUAAUCUAGCUCUUACUGUUCUAAAUCUUUACUUCAACGAAAUGUCCACGAAAGAAGCUGAACCACUCGCUUACGCAUUGAAAUUCAAUCAAACUCUUACUACUCUUGAUCUUCGAUGCAACCAUAUAUCUAAUAAAGGAGCUGUAUCACUCGCUGUUGCGUUAAAAGGUAAUCAAACUAUUGCUGGUCUAGAUCUUAGAUGCAACGAUAUAUCUAAUGAAGGAGCUGCAUUACUCGCUGAUGCCUUGAAAGUCAAUCAAACUGUUAUAAGUCUUGAUCUUUCCAUGAACGAAAUAUCUGACGAAGGAGCUGAAGCACUUGCUGACGCAUUGAAAGUCAAUAAAACUCUUACUGCUCUUGAUCUUAGUUGGAACCAUAUAUCUGAUAAAGGAGGCGAAGCACUCGUUGACGGAUUGAAAAUGAAUCAAACUCUUACAGCUCUUCAUCUUAAAGGAAACCGGAUAUCUGACGAAGGAGCUGACGCACUCGCUGAUGCACUGAUAUUCAAUCAAACUCUUAGUGCUCUUGACCUGGAGAACAACCAAAUAUCUGAUAAAGAAGCUGAUGCACUACGUUAUGCAUUGAAAGUGAAUGAAACUCUUACUACCCUGAAUCUUCAAAACCACCAACUAACUGCCGAAGAAGCUAGACCACUCACUGAUGCACUGGAAGCGAAUCAAACGCUCACCACUCUCAAUCUCCAAAACAAUCAAAUAUCGGACGAAGGAGCUCAAACAUUGGCUCAUGCAAUAAAAGUCAAUCAAACUCUUACUGUACUUAAUCUUCAAAACAACCAAAUAUCAGACAAAGGGGUUGAAGCACUCGCUAAUGCCUUGAAAGUCAAUCGAACUCUUGUUAAUACGAUGUUUGCACCAACCUUCCCACAUUUUGACUACAGAGAAGAAGCAACCUUGGACGGAUUUGUUCCUAAAAUCCCUGAACCUCUUAUUAGCCCUGAUUCUUCCUUCGAUAAAAUAUCUGACGAGGAAGCUGAUGCACUGGGCAAUGCAUUGAAAGCCAAUCAAUCCCUCACAUCGCUUCAUCUUAGCAGGAACGUAAUAUCUCAAAAAGGAGCUGAAGCACUCGCUCAUGCGUUAAAAUUCCAUCAAUCUCUUACCGAACUUCACCUUGAAAACAACCGAAUAGGUGAUAAAAGAUUAGAAGCACUGGCGAAUGGAUUGAAAGUCAAUAAAACUCUAACUACUCUUCGUCUACAAAACAACCUAAUAUCUAGCAAAGGAGCGCAAACACUGGCGGGUGCCUUGAAACUGAAUGAAACUCUUAUUAGUCUUGACCUUAAAGACAAUGAAAUAUGCGCCCAAGGAGCGGAAGCACUCGCUGAUGCAUUGUUAGUGAAUAAAACGCUUACUACCAUUCACGUUGUAGCCAACGACAUAUGUGUUAAAGGAGCUGAAGCACUCGCUCAUGCAUUGACGGUCAAUCAAACCCUUGCUACUCUGGACCUUGAAGGGAACCGAAUAUGUGGCAAAGGAGCUCAAGCGCUCGCUGAGGCGUUGAAAGUGAAUCACACUCUUACUACUCUUGCUCUUAGAUGGAACCAUAUAGCUAAUAAGGGUGCUGCAGCACUCGCCGAUGGAUUGAAAGUCAAUCAAACACUUGCCACGCUUAAUCUUGGUGGCAACAAAAUAUGUGGUCAAGGAGCUAACGCCCUCGCUCAGGCAUUGAAAGUCAAUCAAACUCUUACAACCCUGAAUCUUUCGCCGAACCAAAUAUGUGAUCAAGGAGCAGAAGCGCUUGGGGACGCAUUGAAACUCAAUCGAGCCCUCACUACUCUUAAUAUUGCUCUCAACGAAAUAUCUGCGAAAGGAGCUAGCGCACUUGCUGAGGCGUUGGAAUCCAAUCAAAUCCUUACUACUCUUAAUCUUUCUAACAAUCGAAUAUGUGACGAAGGAGCGGAUGCACUCGCUGAUGCACUCAGAGCCAAUCAAACUCUUACUACUCUUCAUCUUGGAAUGAACGAAAUAUCUGACAUACGGACUCAAAAACUCGGUCAUGCCUUGACGUUCGAUGAAACUCUUACUACCCUUGAUCCUAGUGGGAUUGAUACAUAUCGCAUCGCACGUGCAAGACUCAUUCAUCCAUUUGAAGGUAAUGAAAGUCUAACUACUCUUGAUCUCUCGGUCAAUGAAAUAUCUGAGAAAGGAGCUGAAGCACUCGCACAAGCAUUGAAAGUCAAUGUAACACUCACAACUCUUAACGUGUCUUCGAACCAAAUAUCUGAGAAGGGAGCUGAAGCACUCGCUGAGGCGUUGAAAAUCAACGAAACUCUAAUUUCUCUCGAUCUUGGUAGUAGCCAAAUAUCUCAGAAAGGAGCUUGUGCACUUGCUGAUGCACUCAAACUCAAUCAAACUCUUACUACACUUAAUAUUUCUCGCAACCAAAUACGGGACAAAGGAGCUCAAGCACUCGCUGACGUAUUAAAACUGAAUCGAACCCUUACUAGUCUGAAUCUUUAUCAAAACGAAAUAUCUGAAAAAGGGGCUUGUGCACUUGCCGAUGCAUUACAAGUCAAUAAAACUCUGAAUACACUCAAUCUUUCUCGCAACCAAAUACGUGACAAAGGAGGUGAAGCACUCGCUGACGUAUUAAAACUGAAUCAAACGCUUACCACUCUUAAUCUUUAUCUCAACGAAAUAUCUGAAAAAGGGGCUUGUGCACUUGCCGAUGCAUUACAAGUCAAUAAAACUCUGAAUACGCUCAAUCUUUCUCGCAACCAAAUACGUGACAAAGGAGGUGAAGCACUCGCUGAUGUAUUAAAACUGAAUCAAACGCUUACCACUCUUAAUCUUUAUCUCAACGAAAUAUCUGAAAAAGGAGCUUGUGCACUUGCCGAUGCAUUGAAAGUCAAUCAAACUCUUACUACUCUUGAUUUUGGUAUGAACCAAAUAACUGACAAAGCAACUGAUGCACUCGCGGAUGCCUUGAAAGUCAAUCAAACACUCACUACGAUUGAUCUCAGUUGGAACCAUAUAUCUGAUAAAGGAGCUGAAGCACUCGCUGAUGGAUUGAAAGUGAAUGCAACUCUUACCACUCUUAAUCUACAGAACAACCGAAUAUCUGACAAAGGCUCUGAUGCACUUGGUGAUGCAUUGAAAAUCAAUCAAACUCUUAGCACUCUUAAUCUCAAAAGGAACAGAAUAUCGACCAACGGAGUUGAAUCACUCGCUUAUGCAUUGAGAGUCAAUCAAACUCUCACUACUCUUGAUCUUGAAAUGAACGAAAUAUGUGGCAGUGGAGCUGCAGCGCUCCCUAAUGUAUUGAAAACCGAUGAAGCCCGUACUAGUCUUGAUCUUCAAAAAUGCGAAAUAUCUGUUAAACGAGGUCAAGUUUUCGGUGGUGCAUUGAAUAUCAACGAAACUCUUAGUACUCUUACUCCUUCUUGGAACCAAAUAUGUGACGAAGAAGCUGAAGGAUUGGCUGAUCCCUUGAAAGUCAAUCAGAUUGGUACUACUCUUUAUCGUGAGGCGAAUAAAAUAACUGAGAAAGGAGCUCAAGCACUCGCUGACGCAUUGAAAUUCAACCAAACUAUAACUACUCUUGAUGUUAGUUGCAACCAUAUCUCUGAUAAAGGAGCUGAUGCACUCGCUGAUGGACUGGGAUUCAAUAAAACUCUUACUGCUUUUGACCUUCAAAACAACCAAAUAUCUGAUAAAGGAGCUCAAGACCUCGCUUAUGCAUUGAAAGUCAAUCAAACUCUAACUAAUCUUGAUCUUAGUUGCAACCUUAUAUCUGAUAAAGGAGCUGAUGCACUCGCCGAUGCACUGAGAGUCAAUGAAACUCUUAGUGCUCUUGACCUUCGAAACAACCAAAUAUCUGAUGAAGGAGCUCAAGAGCUCGCUUAUGCAUUGAAAGUCAAUCAAACUCUUACUACUCUUGAUCUUAGCUGCAACCAUAUAUCUGAUAAAGGAGCUGAUGCACUCGCUGAUGUACUGAGAGUCAAUGAAACUCUUAGUGCGCUUGACCUUCAAAACAACCAAAUAUCUGCUGAAGGAGUUGAAAAACUCGCUCAUGUAUUGAAAGUGAGUGAAUAUCCUACUACUCUUGAUUUUAGAUGGGACCGUCUAUCUGCUGAAGGAGACAAAGCACUCGCUUUUGUAUUGAAAUAUAAUCUAGCUCUUACUGCUCUUAAUCUUUACUUGAAAGAAAUUUCCGCGAAAGAAGUUGAAGCACUUGCUGAUGCAUUGAAAGUCAAUCACACUAUCACUACUCUUGACCUUAGAUGCAACCAUAUAUCUGAUAAAGGAGCUGUAUCACUCGCUAAUGCGUUAAAAGUCAAUCAAACGACUGCUGCUCUUCAUCUUAGAUGCAAUGAUAUAUCUGAUGAAGGAGCUGUAUCACUCGCUGAUGCAUUGAAAGUCAAUCAAACUGUUACUAGUCUUGAUCUUUGCAUGAACCACAUAUCUGACGAAGGAGCUGAAGCACUCGCCGACGCAUUGAAAGUCAAUAAAACUCUUACUGCUCUUGAUCUUAGUUGGAACCAUAUAUCUGAUAAAGGAGGGGAAGCACUUGGUGAUGGAUUGAAAGUGAAUCAAACUCUUACUAAUCUUAAUGUUAAAGGAAACCAUAUAUCUGACAAAGGAGCUGACGCACUCGCUGAUGCACUCAUAAUCAAUCAAACUCUUAGUGCUCUUGACCUUGAGAAGAACCAAAUAUCUGAUAAAGAAGCUGAUGGACUGGCUUUUGCAUCCAAAGUGAAUCAAACCCGUACUACUCUUGAUCUUAGAUGGAACCAUCUAUCUGAUAUAGGAGGUGGAGCACUCACUAAUGUAUUGAAAUACAAUCUAGCUGUUAGUUCUCUUAAUCUUUACUUCAGCCGAAUAGGUGACAAAGAAGUUGAAGCACUCGCUGAUGCAUUGAAAGUCAAUGAAACUAUCGCUACUCUUGAUAUUCGAUGCAACCGGAUAUCUCAGAAAGGAGCACUAUCACUCGCUGAUGCAUUGAGGGUUAAUCAAACUCUUACUACUCUUAAUCUUCAAAACAACCAAAUAUUUGACAAAGGAGCUGAGGUACUCGCUGAUGCAUUGAAAGUCAAUCGAACGGUUACUACUCUGAAUCUCGGUUCAAACAAAAUAUGUGCCAAAGGAGCUGAAGCACUCGCAGAAGCAUUGAAACUCAAUGAAACUCUUUGUACCCUGAAUCUGGGAAACAACGAAAUAUCUGUCAAAGGUGCUGAAGCAAUGGCUGAUGCCUUGAAAGUGAAUGAAACUCUCACUACUCUUUGUCUUCAAAAGAAUUCAAUAUCUGCGAAAGGUGCUGAAACACUCGCUGAUGCAUUGAAGGUCAAUGGAAGUCUUACAACUCUGAAUCUUCAAAAGAACCAGAUGUCUGCUAAAGAAGCGGAAGCACUAGCUGAUGCAUUGACGAUCAACCAAACUCUUACUACUCUUGAUCUUGGUGUAAACCAAAUAUCUGUCAAAGGAUCUGAAGCGCUGGCUGAUGCAUUGAAAGUGAAUGAUACUCUUACUACUUUGAAUCUUGAAAACAACCAAAUAUCUGCGAAUGGAGCUGGAGCACUCGCCGAUGCGUUGAAAGUCAAUCAAAAUCUUACUAUUCUCGAUCUCGGGUGGAAUCAAAUAUCUGACAAAGGAGCAAGAUCACUCGGUGAUGCGUUGAAGGUCAAUCAGUAUCUUACUACUCUUAGUCUUCGAAGCAACCAAAUAUCUGGCACAGGAGCGAAAGCGCUUGCUGAUCUAUUGAGGGUCAAUGAAACGCUUACUACUCUUGAUCUGCAAAAGAAUGAAAUAUCUGCGGACGGUGCUGGAGCACUCGCUGAUGCAUUGAAAAUGAAUCAAACUCUUGUUACUCUUAAUCUUCAAGACAACCAAAUUUCUGCGAAAGGAGCUGUAGCACUUGCUGAUGCAUUGAAAGUCAAUCGAACUCUUACUGCUCUUAAUCUUCUAUACAACGAGAUAUCUGGCAUAGGAGUUGAAGCAGUCGCUGAUGCAGUGAAAGUCAAUGAAACUCUUGCUACUGUUAAUCUUUCUGUCAACCAGGUGUAUGGCGAGGGUGGUGUGGCUAUUGGUAAUGCAUUAAGGGCCAGUUUUGGAAAAGAUGUGUCGGAUAGAGAGAAAUGUAGAUAUAGUGUUAAGCCGCGGUAUGGAGAAGGUUGCUCUUUUAUUGCUGCAAGUUGUGCAAAACAGAAUAGGUAUGACGAUGCAUUUGAUUUUGGAAUGAAAGCAUUAAGCAUGGACGAAGUCACAUGGGAUUUAACAGUAGAAGGAAACGAAGCUGUUUGUUAUUCUGAUAGCGGUUUGUUUUUUUUAAAUAGAGAUUCUGAUAAAACUCUUCAAUUUACCGAGAGAUCGUUAGAAAUUCGGGAACAAUUUUUAGCAGCGGAUAGCGUUAAUGUUGGCUUUUUUCAUCAAAAUAUUGGUGUUGCUUACGAUAGAAAAGGCAUGUGGGAUGCAGCAAUAGAAAAUUACAUGAAAGCAACUGAGAUAUAUGGAAAAUAUAUGUCGAAUAAAGAAGAGUAUCAAUUGAACGUUAAAGAAUCUUUCGUUCAAUACAAAGAGCAAUAUGAACGUGCUCUCAGUAGUUUAGAGAGAGUCAAUAAUAUGUUACUCGAUAAUGACAUAGAUCUUGGCACUUGUUAUAUGAAUAUUGGGUUGUGGUACGUGAAUCAACAAAAAUAUGAAAAAGCUGUCGAAAAUUAUCGAAUAGCAAUAGAAGAUUUCAAAGAAGGUUUGCCAGCUAAUCAACAAAAUUGUGCGCAAUGUUAUAUGGAUAUUGGGUUCUGUUACACGAAUCAACAACAAUAUGAAAAGGCUAUGGAAAAUUAUCGAAUAGCGAUAGAAAUUGUCGAGAAAGAUGUGCCAACUAAUCAACAAAACUAUGCCCUAUGUUGCGUGAAUAUGGGUGUAUGUUGUUCGUAUAUGGGGAAAAGCGCGUAUGCUACUGGGAUGAAGUAUAUAUUAAAAGCAAUAGAAAUUUAUGAAGAAGAUUAUACAGACAAUAAAAGCAAUAUUGCCAAAUGUUACUUAACGUAUGGUGUCAUAUUAUUGCAACAAGGACAAUAUGAUCAAGCUAUCAAUGCACUAAAUAAAUCGUUGAAUUUUCUGUUAAAUGAAGAUACAAUAAUUGUAGGCCUCUGCUAUUAUAACUUAGGUUGUUGCUAUUAUAGAAAACUCCAAUACCAACAAGCGUUGUCAUUGUCGGAAGUAGCCUUGGUAUCCUAUGAAAAACAAUUGCCAAAUUUAACCAAUGAAAUUGCUGGAUAUUUAUUAAAUAAUAUGGCAUUAUGUUUAUUAAAAUUGAAUAACUAUGAUCAAGCUCUGGAAUAUGCAAUUAGAUCGCUUGAAAUUAUUGAGCAAGUGUUUCCAUUGAUAAGUCUGCAGAAGGCAAAAACACACAGUACAUUAGCAUUAAUCUAUUCAAAACAACAACCACAACAAGACGAAAAAUGUAAUGAACAUCGCUUGAAAGCAUUAGAAAUAUCUGAACAGUUGAUUUCGAAUGGCGAGAAAAUUGAAGGGAUCAGCGAUGUUUUUGAGGACAUUGGUGAACUUUACAUGAAUCAAAGUAAUCUGCAACGAGCUCGAAAGUACUAUAAAAAAGCAUUAGGAUAUACAAAAAAAGAUAUGGUAGAUGACCAUCCAGAAAUCCAACGUAUACAGAAAAUUAUCGAUGGAUUACCAACAAGCCGAACAACCGACUAA